CACUGCCCGUGGGAGGCGUGGGGAGGAAGGUGGCCAGGGCAGGUCUCGGCCAGAUCCCUUAACCCGAGCCCCCACCUCCCCGCCCCGUACCUGUGCACCCCUCUUUCCCCCGUCCACACUGUCCUUCGCUGCCAGUUCCUCCCCCUGUCCCGGCCAGGCCAGGCCAGCACACUGUGCAGAAUGACUGGUGUCUGUCCAUGAGCUCUGUCUUAGCGGCCUGGACCUUUCCUGUCUGUCCCUGCCUUGGGUUCCCUCUUCUCCCCAGGGCUUCUCCUCCGGACCCUAGGAACCCCUCUGUUCUUGGAAGGGCUGGGAGGGUGGGGGACCGGACUAGUGAGGCUGUUGGGAGACGUGGGACCCUGGCCUGUGGUGAUCCAGGUGACAGGUGAGUCUGGGAUAGAGCCCUGUCUGUUACCUGACCCCGGACCAGAGGUGUUCAUGAGUCUCUUGUUAAUAAGAGCUGGUGGGGGGACGUGGCCUGAGGUCUUCUUGAGUGGGGCAAAUGGAACAGGAAGGCCUUGGCCUUCAGGCCAGAACCCACCCCGCCAAGCUGUCCCCGAGAGGGCGGUGCCACGGAGGAGACUGAGUCCUCUGUCUACCGCUUGCUUGUCGGAGACCCUCAGCAGUUCACUGUGCCCCACCCACCAGGUGCUUGGACUCAUCCCACCCUGCCGCACCCCGAAUCCACUGUCUUCCCUUUACUGCAGGCGCACUGAGGCCAGGCCGGGGCUGGGCUGCCCGUGGGCCCUGGGGUCCAUGCGGGUGCCUUGGAGACAGGGAGUGGCCUCGGAGGGGGCACAGAUCAUUACUUGACAGAUGCCCAGAGGCGUCCAGGGGGCUGGGGGCACACUCGUCACAGCCCAGCUCCCCGGAGUUUGUGCACUGAAGCAGCAUGGCUGGUUCAUCCUCACCAGCCGGAGGGUCAGAACGGGCCUGUCCCGCUGUGCGCCUUACACGGUUGUGGCCAGUGCUGGGCCUCACCUCUGUCCUGGCCUCCAAAGAGGACAAAGGAAGCAGAGGGGGACCGUGGUUCUCUAUUAGCACCAACAUCUCUCAAGCUCUGAGCACUGUCUUCAGAGGAUGAGUGCCCAGAGAGAUGGGGCUAUGAGAGGAGCUGAUCCUGGAGUUUUCGCCGGGCCCCCGGAUCCUCUCCACGGGAACAGCUUGUACCAGAAGGUGCGGGCGGCCGCCCAGGACUUGGGGGCUGCCUUGUACUCGGACGCCUUUUUACCUCCGCCUCCCUCCCAGCCUCCCAGGACCCUGCCUCCGGCAGGCAUGGGCUCCCAAUCCAGGCCCCAGAGCACUCUGCAGGGCUUUGGCUACAGCAAGGAGCGGGGUCACACAGGCUCCGCGGGUGAAGCCUUCCUGUCCACCAUCCAGAAAGCUGCAGAGGUGGUGGCCAGUGCCGUGCGCCCUGGGCCUGAGAGCCCCAGCUGCCAGAGGUCCCUUCUGCGGGGUGACGCCUACCAGCCGGCUGUGACACCUUCAGCCAGCCUCAGCACCCCUGCCUCCGGGAGCCCUCUACCCAUGGCCAGCCCAGGAGCGAGAGCAGUGAGACACCAGCCCGGGCAGGCUGGAGGCGGCUGGGAUGAGCUGGACAGCAGUCCCAGCUCUCAGGAGUCUUCCCAGGAGAACGAUGACUUGGGCAAGGCCUCGGACUCGGGCAGUCGAUCGGGCAGUGACAGCCCCUCGGGGGCCAGCCGGGCACCUAGUGACCUGGCAGAAAGGGUUGAGGCUGUGACCCUCAGUGACUGCCAGCAGGAGCUGAGCCUGGUCCGGACCGUGACCCGGGGGCAGCACACCUUCCUGAGCCGAGAGGAGGUGCAGCACUUCGUCAAGGAGUGUGGCCUCCUCAACUGUGAGGCUGUGCUGGAGCUGCUCAUCCGCCACCUGGCUGCCACCAGUGAGCGUGUUCAGAUGAGAGCCCUGGGUGCCAUCGCCUCCCUCGGGUGCACUGACCUGCUCUCUCAGGAGCGAGUCCUGCUCCUCGCCCGGCCUCGGUUGCAGGAGCUCAGUGCGGGCAGCCCCGGACCCGUGACCAACAAGGCCACCAAGAUCCUGAGACACUUUGAAGCCUCCUGCCGACAGUGGCCCCCUGCCCGGAGGCCCCCAGCCGAGCCUAGCCCUGCAGCCGCCCGUGUGGGCCCAUCAGACCUGCUGACCGACACCCUGCCUUUCACCGGGGGCCAGGCCUUCCUACAGCCUCUGAGUUCAGCUCUGUUUUCGCCCAAGGGCAGCAUGCCCCCAUCAGGGCUGCAGCCCAGCCCUGUGCCCCCAACGUCCCCAGAGAGCUGCCCCCUUCCAGUCCCUGGGGCUGCCAGGGAGGCUGAGACCAGGCUGGCAGGUUCCAGAGACCAGUGGGCUGCAUCUGAGCAGGGCCCACUCUGCAUGGACACCCCAAAGGGAGGGCCAAAGAUCAGCCUGGGCCCCGGCCACAGCUGCAGCUCCUUAUUUGCUGGCAUGGAACUGGUGGCCUGUCCCCGCCUGAUGGGGGCCGGGACUGCUGCAGAGGAUCCCCUCCCAGCCCACCAGCCUCCCUGGACGUUGUCACAGAGGCUGGCAGCAAAAGAGCCUUCCGGCUCUGAGCCGUCAGCUUUCGCAUUCUUAAACUCGUGAUCUUGUCCGCCUGGGCCACAUGCAGUCUGUGUGCUCCCUGGCCCGUGACUCCCAGGACCCUGUGACUUUGUGCUGUCCCCUAUGCCCACAGCCCCCAACUCCCCUCUCUGUGGUCAGCCUUGCCCUCCCCUGGCCUCUUCUCCUCACCCACUGAGGCAUUGGUGUGAGCAGCUACCCAGCCAGCCGAGCUUAGAAUGGAUGGCUCACCCAUCCUGCCCUGCCAGGGAUGAGAAUGGCCGCCAGUAAAACCCAGGUGAUAUUUUAGUCCAUGCACCAGCCAGAGCCAGACCACCACUGCGGUAAUGAGGUGCCCAUGGGAGCUGCUCCUCAACUUUGCCCCUAAGGUGGAUUUCCUGUUUUUUUCUGCUGGGCGGCAGGACCCCCCUCUUACAGCCUGCCCUCUGGGUUUGAUGGCCCAGGAGCAGUGUCCCCAAGCACUCUGCAGGACUUGCAGGGAGCACAGGACAGGCCCAGAAAGAGGAGCCGAGCACGAGCUAAGCCUGGCAGCCAGUGGGCCCUGGGGUGCCGGAUCUCCCGCCUCAUGGCCAUCUGCUCUGGCGGGAUGAGGACACCGUCCACUUUUCCCAUCUUCCAGAGGGACGAAGGGAGGGCAGUGGGGCAGACAGCAUGACGUGGCCUGCUCAGAGGGCACUGGAGGGGAGCUCACGGGAGAGGCCUGGUGACUGAGCUUGGAGACCCCACACCCAUUGGAACUGGCCCGAGUCCCCGGGAUCCUUAUGGGCACACAGAGAAGGAUACCAGGGGAAGACGGAGAGGACCCAUCUGCAGGCUGAGCCCAGGCCCGGCCUCCAGCCAAGCUUCUGCUAUUUCCAGGCGACAAUCCUGAGAGGAGGAUCCCAGGGCCACCUCACUCAUUCCUCCACCCCAACCCUGCUGUCUCCUUGGCCAGAGACUGGCCAUUUGGACUUGAAUUCCUGUAGCAGCAGGCAGGCAGGCACAGAGCCUUGCAAGCACUGACCUUGGGGUCCCCUGGGGAAACCCCUGCCUUCCUGGCCCUCAGAAACAAGGGUUUUUUGGGUCAGUUUGGAACCACUGCUUGGGUCUUUGUUUUUGAGCUCAGAUCCCUCCCUCUGGGGGAGGGGGGUACUGUAAGCAGCCUCCCACCUUCUCGUCCAUCAGGAUUAGGGUCUGGGUAGGGUUAGGGCAGCAUCAGGUCCCUGUGUGACCCGUGUCAUCUCCCCACUCCCGUGACCUCUGCCUGCAGACUGUGCAGCCACCUCAGAGCUAGGGCUGUGGUUGCUCUGGGGAGAACUGGGGAUGGCCUGGGGUCACACCUCCCACAUAAACACUGCUGUUCACAGGAAGCUGCACUGAUUGCUUUUUCAUUUUCUAUCUGUGUGUGUGAGAGAGGAGAGAAAACGGCACUAAGGGGCACAGGUAGAGACUUCUAAAAGCUGGGACAGGUAUUAGUUCUUCCUUAAAUGUUUGGAAGGACUCUCCAACGGAACUAUCUUGUCCAGUAAUUUUCUUAAUUGCAAAGUUUCUAACUACAAAAUUCAAUUUCUUAAGUAGAUUUAGGACUAUUUGGGUUAUCUAUUUCCUCAUGAGUUUCAGUAAUUUGUGUCUUUCAAGGAAUUGGUCCAUUGCGAAUAUGGCUAUAGAGUUUUUUCAGCCUUUCUUUGUUCUUCCAAUUUUUUUUUUUGUUUUGUUCUUCCAAGUUUUAUAGUGUCCCACCUUUCAUUUCUGAUAUUAAUUUUUUCCCCCUUUCUUGGUUAGUCUGAUUAGAAGUUUAUUGAUAUUAUUGACCUUUUCAAAGAA